AUGGGCACCGAUUCUAAGGGUGCCGAGCUUGCGGGCGACAUAUCCUUCAUCGAGACUCCGCCUGCUCAGCCCGCUCAAUUCGAGACCGGCCAGGACUGCGGAAUUGCCCCGACCAAGGCUGCAGCUAUCAACAACCCGCCAUUGGCUGCUGAUGGCCCUGGAAACGAGAGCUUCUCCAACCUCGUCCUAGGUGCUGUCCUCACCGGUGUCCCUGCCUUCCUCACCUACCUGUUCGGCGGUGGAUUGAAGACCUUUGUGUUUUUCGCCCUCCUCUCUGUCCUUCCCCUGUUGGUCGCCUUUUGGACCUACGUUUCCACCUACAGCCCCCGCACCAACGAGAAAGUUAAGCUCCCUGGCCGACCUGUCGAACACUACAUCACCUUCAAGCGUGAAGAGGACAAGGCGAAAUGGCACGGACGGAACAAGGUCCCCCUGCAGACCUUCGCUGAGAUGUACCUCGACGGACUGGUUGACUUCAAGGGCGAUGUCCUCGAAGUUCUUGAGUACCGCCACGACUGGGCAAGCUUCGCUUUCACCUGGCAGCUAUUCAAGUUCAUCGUCGGCACCUUCUUUGUUGAUGUGCUGUUCCACACCAAGGCCCAGGAUGAGGAGCAGAUCCGCCCCAACUACGACAGCGGCAACGACCACUACGCCUGGUUCCUCGGCCCUCGCAUGAUCUACACCUCGGGCAUCAUCUCGGAUGUCGAGAAGGAGGAAACUCUCGAGGAGAUGCAGGAUAACAAGAUGGCAGUGGUGUGUGAGAAGAUCGGACUCAAGGAAGGCGAGACCAUGCUUGACAUUGGCUGCGGCUGGGGAACCCUUGCCAAGUUUGCCAGUGUCAACUACGGUGCCAAGGUCACCGGAGUCACCAUCGCUGAGAACCAGACCGCCUGGGCUCGCGACGGUCUCCUGAAGGCUGGCGUUUCUGAAGACCAGAGCCGUAUUCUCUGCAUGGACUACCGUGAUAUCCCCAACACCAAGUUCGACAAGAUCACUCAGCUCGAGAUGGGUGAGCACGUUGGUAUUCGCAAGCUUACUGGGUUCUUCCGUCAGUGCUACGACAUGCUUAACGACGAUGGAUCCAUGUACGUUCAGCUCUCUGGUCUGAGACAGGCCUGGCAAUACGAGGAUUUCAUCUGGGGUCUGUACUUGAACAAGUACAUCUUCCGUGGCGCCGACGCCUCUACCCCUCUCUGGUAUUACGUCAAGUGCUUGGAAGCAGCCGGAUUCGAAAUCAAGGGAAUUGAUACCGUCGGUGUCCACUACUCCGGAACUCUGUGGAGAUGGUACCGCAACUGGGUUGGCAAUGUCGAAGCCAUCAAGGCCAAGUACGGCCCAAGAUGGUACAGGAUCUGGGAACUCUUCCUCGCCUGGUCCGUCAUCGCCUCCCGCCAGGGCUCUGCCACCUGCUACCAGAUGGUUGUUGUCAAGAACCUGAACUCGACGCACCGCAUCAACGGGGUUCCCUCUCAGUACGGCCUCACCGGUGCCCUCGAGGCCAGCAGGAAGGCGGGCAAGUCUCGCCUGCCUUAG